GGAAAAUAAUGAAUCAAUUUCCAACGUUAUGUCAAGUUGUCAAUGCUUAUCACUGUAUCCAUAAAUUUGACAUUUCAAAGUACGGAGUUUGCUGCUAAAACACAUGCUCACUCCGCACUUCCGUGGAUCUGCUCUCGAUAACACACGCCUCGGUGGGAAAGAAACAUGACGGGUGGCGUCGGGUCAGACGGUUGUCAGUAUGAUCGGUCUAACCUCGCUCGCUUUUCUCCGUUGGAAUGUACAGCCAUGCCGCCUCUGAGGGUACUGAAGGGUACAGCUGAUGCCCCAAGGGCAUAAAGGGAGGUAACCAAACUAGACGAGCCAGAUUCAGUGAGCCUAUAAUGUCAACACAUGAUCUUGAACUGAAGUUGCAGCAGUCAAGUUGUCAAUGCGGAGUGAAAGCCAGCGUGACUUGCGUUCUCUCAGAUCAAGAGAGAUUUUACACACACACAGACAAAUCACGUUUUCAGAAUGAACGUGAACCAGAGAAGUUGCAUCCUGGACCCUCAGCUCAACACAUCCACAACAAGAAGGAUUUAGAAACAAGUACUACUGCAUCUUCACCAGCAUUGCCAUUAACAGGCCAGCAGAAAAGCAGCAAAAAUUUGCAGAUCAAGCAGAUAAUACUGCUCAGAUCUAAGAAAGACUCCAGUAGGACAUCUGAGGAACAGACGAAGUCUGCCAGAUUCACUUCCACCAUCUCUAUUAGUCUUCCCAACAGAAGACACAAAAAAGACACAGCAGAGGAAAAAACGUUGCAAGGCACGACUAAUCUUUACAACACACUUGAAGUGGUGAAGAACAAAGCUAAUCAACACAACACAGAGCUAAGGGACGUGUUUUCACCAACAGAGAAAUGUGGCAAAUCAACUAGUGAAUUAUUUAAGGAUGAGGAUGGGCCAAAAGCAACCUUUGAUGGAGACAGCUUUACCACUCUGCAUCAACAUGUACAUAACACACCUAAGCAGGGACAAAAUACAGGAAUACAGCACAACAUAGGCCUUUAUGAACAAACUCAAAUAAUCCGCGACUCACAAAGACAUUCUACUCAACCUGUUUGUGAGGUAGAAACAGAAGUCAUCAAGGAUUUUGGAUCCAACGACUGUAGAGAGAAUGCUCCAACAUCUCCACAGUACCACAGUAAUCUGACCUCCAUAGGAGUGGACAGUGGACUAAAAGCAAGCACUGAUUCCCAGCUUUUUGCAUGCCAUGCAGAAGUGCUAAACCAGGUCUUGUCAUUAUCCUCUUUAAUUGCACCUGAUUCUGAAAACACUCCUGAGCCAGAACCUAGUCUUUUCAGUCCUUCAUCAGCUAUGUUGACGUCUGCCCUGGCCUCAGUUCUUGCUCCACCUUGGAGUGGCCGUCUUCGAAGACCCAAGCAAGGCGGCAAUGAAGUAGAGCAUGUACCCCAAGAUUGUGGACAGAAUGUCAACCCAUCUAGCUUAUUUCGCCAGGAUCGGCAGCAAUCACUGUUUCUACCUUCCCAAAGGCAACCAUCUGAACACAUGUUGGCCAAUAACAAUGAAAUGCUGUCAACUGCUGGAACCAGCUUUAACUCUCCUGACUGGCAAAAAGAGAACAAUUCCCCGAAUGUCACAACCACAGUACAGCCAAAGAGACCCAUUUUGAAAUCCUCCUCUGUGGGCACGAUGUACAACAAUACAGAAUUGCACCGUUUUUCCACACCUAUGGACACUCGUCAGGUACCAAUUUCAGAGUACAGAAUAUCCCAAACUGAAGAUGAACAUGAGCCUUUCAAAUCAUUGAGCUCCAAGCCAACAACAAGCAGCCUUCUUCUCUCGUUAAGGAGGACAAAUUUGAGAAACUCUAGUGCUGAGCCCACACAAACGCAGACUUUGAUAACUAGGUCUGCUAGGCCCCAUACAAUGCCUAGCAGAAUUGUUUUGAAAACUCAAUCAUUUGCCCAAUCUGUUACCGGUGAGGACCAAGCCGCCAAAUACCCAGACACUCCUACAAGAACAGAGGAAAUACCAGUCAGUCAAUUCCCUUUCUCUCCUAGAAUUAAGAGUAGAGAGCCGUUAAGGACACCACUGUUUCUAAACAAACCGGAGACAGAAAUUUCAAAGAGACUAGAAGCUUCUGUUGCCAGAGCGGAGGAGGGACAUUUCCCACAAUCCAUGACCAAAACGGGCCAAAUUGGGGUCAAAGCUCAACAGAGCUCUUAUUCAGUUCUUUUGAGGAAAUAUUCCAGUACAGAGGACAUUAAUCCAGUGGAACAAAGUACUGUUAAUGACACCAACCUGCAAAACUUCAAUAUUACCAAACCAAAAAUAACUGCACACACCACAAUUUCUCCCAAAGACUCAACAAAUUGUAAUGUUCAGCAAUCAGACUUUAAUGUUCAAAACAUAAAAUUGCAAAGCUCACAAAAUAUAACAGCCAGAAAUUCUUCGGGCACAAGCACCUUCACAGACAGGCCUAACUACUCACCCAGGAAAGACUCUUCUGUAGAUGUAAUAAGCCCAACAUCUGUGGGACAGAUAUAUCUGGAGUCUAAGAAACAUUCUCAGUCAAGUCAAAGCUCUAUGGAUCUUUCAAGCCCUCUUUCUCCAAGCAGACCUCUCAGAAGUGUCAGAGUACCAAGCAUCUAUUCAUACCUUCGAGAGUCCAGCCCAGCUGUGUCCACCCCUUUCCCUUCCACCCCUUCUCCCCACAUACAGAGAGCUGAAACACUGCCUCCAAAGCAAGAUGGAGGCAUAACACUGCAGGGUGACCAGAAGACAUUUCCCUCAAGAUUUUCGUUCGACAACCCAUUUGUACCAGAGGUACAAGCAUUACAAAGAAGUUCUUAUGGCUCCAGCACUCAUAUAGCCCCAGCUCAAUCUCUGCCUCCUGAUUUUGGAAGAGGAUCAGCACCUCGUCUUAGCACUUCUCCAUAUUCUAGCCUCAUCUCCUCAAGACCUGCACUCAAUAACACUUUACAAGGACUGUCUUCUCCACCUGCCUCUAAAACACAUACAAUAUCUACAUAUGAUAUUGUAACCACUCAAGCUGACCAUAUAAAAGGUGACCCAAGCUCUUCACUAUCCACAUACACAAGGAUAACAAGGAGAUCAAAAGAACAGUUAGCUUCUCCUAACAGAGAACAGAGGACAGCAGUUCAAGCUUAUACAAGCACCCUAGAUAAUCACAGACCUGCCCAGCCAUGCCUCUCACAAACCUCACCAGAUGCAAGUUUUGUCACGGAAAGCCAAAGCGCAAAAAUAAACCCACACCCAAGGCAGCCCAACACAGGCUCUAACAACUUCCCUCGUCAGGAACAUGAUGGCUUGACGGCACUUCAGCUUGAUAAGGGUAAUGCUUACCCCAAGCAAAGACUGAGUGAGAAAGAGAAGUAUUUACUAAAUAAUAAGCUUACAGUAAAAAGUGAGACUCCACUUACAGCUGAUAAAGAGACUACAGCUGUGCAUAUCCAUGAGAGACUGCAGGAAAUGCAGAGUCCCAAUUCAAAGAAAGGCCUCUUUGCUUCACGAGUUAAGAAAGACAAUGCCUUCUCUUCUGCGUCUUUGCCAGACAAAGAGGUUGUUAAUCCCCAGUAUUUAAAAACCAAAAGACAUUCGCCAGAGUUUAAAACAAGCAGCAGGAUCGACCAGAUAUUAAAUCGCUUGAAACUGACAUUUGGUGUCAAACGUUCAGACAGCACACUUGACACAAUCACUAAAAAGUACAAGUCCCCCACCCAGCAACUCUCAGACACUGAGACUUUUGAAAAAUCCAAGACAGAGGAGAAAACAUAUUCUGGAAGCCAACAGGAGCUCUCUAACUCCUCUUUAACAAUCGAUAAAGCCUCUUUUUGUUCCUUGUCACCACUAACAUUGAAGAAAUCUGAGAAUACAUUAAAUAUGGAUUGGCAAAGCAGUUCUACGACUGAACAAAAGUCUUCUGGGUGCACGUGGGAGGCCCCCAACUCAGAUUUGACCACUGAUAAAAUGUAUUUUUCCAGUUUUGGGUCCUUGUCACCCUUAAAUUUAAAUAAAUCUGAGAAUACAUUAAAUAUGGACUGGCAAAACAGGUCUACAACUGAACAAAAGUCUUCGGGGUGCACGUGGGAGGCCCCCAACUCAGAUUUGACCACUGAUGAAACGUAUUUUGCCAGUUUUGGGUCCUUGUCACCCUUAAAUUUAAAGAAAUCAUCUGAGAAUAAAUUAAAUGUUGUUCAGCUAAAGAGGCAUAGCGAUGAAACUGGAAACCGGUCUUACAGCAGGAGCUCUAGUCCGCACAGACUAAAGGCCCAAAGUAUGAUCCGUUCUGCCACCUUGCCACAUUACAAAAAAUCCCCUGUCGGUCCCCCAUCACCCUUUUAUUUGUUUGAUUUUGAUUCAGAAGACAUUCAGUAUGACAAUGUGUUUUAUAGUCCAGUGAGCAAAAAAACAAAUUCGCUUUGUGAGUCUGAUGACUUCUCUCCGUUGAGCUCCACCAAGAGUGCAGUGCAGCAAAACCUUGUGAGGUCUCGACUGUCCUCGUCGUGUGCAGACUUAAAGUAUGGUCUGCACAAUGGACGAUCUUACUCAGUCAGCAGUGUAGUUUCAAGCCGGCCAUCAGGUCCUGGACGAAUCUCAACAAGCAGCAUCAGCGACCUCUCAAGUUUGGAUGACUUUGCGCCGAAGGAGAUUUAUACAUUUGACUCUCCAGUGAGUAGUAGCUAUUCCCCAAGCUAUGAUCCCAGAUCUGUCUGUGAUAAACAGUCUCAACCUGGAUAUAUAGAUGAUCAUCUUGAUAAUGAUGAUGCAGACCCAACCCCACCUCCAUCACCAACUUUGUCCUCUUCACCUCGCCGGAUAUCCCAGGCUCCUGCUAUGUCUUCCCUCAUGAGGACAACUUCAGAAAAUCUGUCUCCUCCUCGAGGUAUCCUGCCAUCUAGGAGCUACACAACCAGCUUGACUGUUUUUGAGGAGUCUGGUUCUGACACUACAACUGAUGAUGAAUACUAUGUUGACAAUGGUGAUGAUGAUGAGGUAGAAACAGAACUUUAGAGAGAAAAUUAUGUGUUGUGUUGUUCAAUUCCAUGUUUUAGAUGUGUUUACAUGUACUGUGCAUGGAAAAGCUGCAGCAAAAUUAGGCCUCUGUUAAACCAACAGAUCUAAAUUGUGAUAGGAAUCCAGGAUAUAUAUUAAUAGAAGGAAUUAUAGAUAUAUCAGAAUUAUAAGAACUUUUUAAUACAUUAAAUAUUAUGGGCUUUUUUAAUUCUUAGUGCUUGAGGAUAACAAUGUUUGAUCUCAUUAUGAAUGUAUUUACAAUACAGAAAAAUGCACUGUUGUUUCAUUUAGUCUUUUGAUAUUUUCUGGAUCUUGAGGCACUGAAAGGGUGAGUUCUUCUUACAUCAUUUCUUUUGUUGAGAGCUCCCUCCUGUAGGCUGUUUUAUUCACUGUGGUAUUUGAACCACAGUUAAAACCCCAACUAUGUUUAAUAGAUAUGUUUGAAUGUUUUUUUUAAACUCGUACAACCUCAUUAAAAGAGUCAGAAAACUGAAUAGAAAAAUAGUCGUCCCUACAACAUUGGAGUUCCAUCAUGAUUCCACUUCAGUUAUGAUUAACUCUAUGCAGAUUAUGACGUUUCAGAAGCUUGCUGUCUAUUUAAUGUUAUUGUUAAAAGUAAGUGUUAUUAAAAAGGAAUGGCAGACCCUGACAUAUGCGAAAUCCCCAAUGUUUUAAUUUGAGAUUUAAAAACAGGACCUCUCAUAAACUUUUCUAAAGACCAUUAGAACAACAACCGAACAAAUAUACUUUGUGUAUAAUGUAAUUGUAAUCUUUAUGUGCAUCUUUGGCUUUUGCAGUGUAAUCUUAAUUGAUCAUUUAUUGUAAUUUAUUAUGCAGGGCAGGGGGUUGGGGAGCCUUAGGGACCUUAGGGACCUCCAUAAGACAAUUGCAGCACUGACAACGUCACAGUACUACCAAAGCCUUUAUAACAAUACAGUUUUUUUUUUUCUUGGAAUGUCAUCAUUAAUAACAAUAUUGUGAUAUUUAUAAAAAUGUAAUAUAUUGACUACAUUGGUUAUUAUUGCUGUGCUAAGAAAAAUGUAAUGUAGAGGAAAACUGAUACGAAUUUAACUAUGUAAAAUAAAAUACUAUAAAUUGUAAAUGACUAACGUUGUAUGCAAAUGACUCAAGUUAAGCUGCUAAGCUAAUCUUUAACACUUUAAUUAUCAAGUACACUUAGUUUUUAUCUCAGUAACAACAUAAAAAUAUAAUAACACAAACGUCUUAAUUAUAGCUCAUCACAACAACUUUAAACUAUUUUGUCAUGUCACAACCUGCCAUCCCUUAAGAUAUAAUUGCACAAUGGACGGUUAUGAGUGAUACUGAUACAACUAAUUUGGCCCAUUGAAGCUGAGAGCGAGCAAAUACAGCAUUCAAAAGCGUACCGUGUGCAUGAACCUACACACACGAACUAGUCAGUAUUUUGAAUCGUGUUUUUUACGAAUCGGUGAAUGAUUAAAUUAUUCAUAACAGCCAAUAAGACACUUAAUUCUCGGCACCUACUGGCGUAACGAUGUAACCUGCUGAAAGGGCCACUGAACGAAUCUUUUUGGUAAACGGAUUUAAGAUUCGCGGAUGAUUCUAAAUCCUGAACUAUUUUCAUGUUUUAAUCUGUGGUUUAAAUUGAAGAACACAUAGUCGACACGUAGUUUUCCAUUUAAAAAAGACUGUGGCAUACAAAUCUCAUACCGCUUUCUAGCAUUGUGCUGAAUGAGUGUUUUCACGUUGCUCUGGUAACGGCUCAUGUAGGCGUGCAGUCACACUUCCAGCUAGCUGUAUUUUGUCAUUUUGUUUUAACUCCCUCAGUGUUUAGCUUACUCUUUGGUUGUAGUUUUAGCUCCCUAUACGGUUUUUACUACUUACUUGUCUGCGCCAUUGUGAAAAUUAAAUUCAAAUCGUUUUAUUUACACUACUACAGGCCUAAUUACAUACAUUGCACCUUCUAUCCUUUAAACCUUUUCAUUCGAGUAGCCUAUAUUUGAAAAUAUAACCUGUUUCUUAAAGAUGAAGAGGACUCCAAAGAUCAACAAGUGCUAGCACAAACAAGAAAAUGUCUGAACACACAAACUCUUUUGAGAGGCAUCACCCGACAUCUCCAGCUGAGGAAACUACAUCAGAGACUAAUGUCAAUUUUGUCCCACAGCUGGAAACCGUUUUCAGCCGAGCAGCCAGGAUCAUCCAGCGAGCAUGGAGGGCACAUAUUGAUACUGCUGUUUUCAAGUACCUCAAGAAACUAGUGAGCUUCCAUAAUCAAGGAGAUCCACGUCUCCUUCUUAGAUUUAUUAACCCUGCAGAGGCUAAUAUUCUGGAUGCUGCUUCAGGGGCUCUUAUCCGAUUCAGACUGGGUGGGCCAACCUAUCCCCCAAACAUCUACUUUAAAAUCUACACUCGUGCACCCAUAGUGGACAUGUGUGCCUGCAGUCCGAAAGAUUACACCCAGCAAAAGAAACCAGCACCAAGCCAGAUCCAUAAUGGCCGACAGACGAUCUGUGCUGAGAAUGAUCACUCUGGGUGGUACCAGCGGGUGGAGAACAAUGGCUGGAGGAUUUUGUCUUGCAAGAUUUCCAUGUUUGAAGACCCAAUAACUCAAGAUACCAAUGAGAAGAAGAUAGAAUUCCAUCACAGCAAAAUCCAUCGGCGACAAGAUGUUGCAAGAAAGAGGAAGAUUCGAAAAAUUGAAUGGAUGAGGAAAAUGUAUGCUGAGGGUCUCCUGCAUGCUCGUACAGAACACUGCGAAACAGCUCUGCUGGUGCACAAAUCCACACAAAGUACGAUGGAUUCACUCCAACAAAUUGAACCAGAUUCAGUUUCAGAGCAGGAAGUGGAUGAACUGCUCGCAUGGACCAAUGCUCUUAAUUUUGAUGAGUAUAUUAAUGAAUGGAUGACUUUGGGCACCAGCAAAUGCUGCAUAGUUAACAAAGAUGAGCUGUCAGAGAGUGACCAGAGAGACUUGGCUUGUGUCUCUGUGCAUGAUAUUUGUAAGAUUCCUCUGAUCAGUCAGGAUGACAGUCCAGUGGUGAGCCAACAUCUGGAACACAUCUGAGAAUGGAACGUAUCAUGUAACUCAGUAGUAAUAUUCUCAUUUGCUUGAUUAGUUUGAAUGAAUAAAACACGUAUGAACACU